GAGGUGGUGAUGAGGGCUGGGCGGCGGGCACAGGUGGGGGCGGGUAUAUAUAGCAGCAGCGGGCACAGCAGCAGCAGGAGGGGCGGCGGGCGUUGGCAGUGCACCGCGGCGGGUGGCGGGCGUCGCGGCGGUGGUGGCGGUGUGUCGGGUGUGUGCCUCGUGGUAUACUUACUUGUGCUGCGUGGAGGUGCGGUGAGCUGUGCAACAAAGGUUCGGUGCCGCGGCUGUGGCCACCGUGGCCCACCGGCGCCAUGCUGCCCCUUGGUCCCUCCCUCAGGAGGAGUCUGCCGGGGCCGCCGCAGGAGGCCGGCCCCGAGGGUGACGAGGCCUCGCGCCUGGCCCGCGCCUUCGUGACCUGCGACGAGGCGGCGGUGCAGGCGUGGCUGGGGCGCGGCGGUGACCCCGACCUGUCACUGCCCGGAGGCCACACGCCGCUCACCUUCCUGGUACGGAACGCCACCGCGGGGAACUGGGAGGCCGUGGCGCGCCUGCUGCUGGAGGCGGGGGCGUCGUUGCAAGCGCGCGACCCUCAGGGCACGCCGCUGCUGACCAUGCUGAUCAGGGCCAGCAGCCCUGACCUGGUGCGCCUGGCCCUGGACCGCGGCGCCGAAGUGAACGUGCGCGGCGCCGACGGGGACACGCCGCUGCUGGCCGCCGUGCACUACCGCCAGGUGGAGGCGCUCAAACUGCUGCUGGAGCGCGGCGCCGACCCCAGCGCGACCUCCCGGGACGGCAACUCGGCGCUCAUGUGGGCGGCGGGGUGCAGCAACGGCAUGGGCAUGCAGCGCUCCCUGACCUGCGUCCGCGCCCUGCUGGCCCGCGGCGCUGACCCCAACUUUAGGAACCCGCGGGGCUACACGCCGCUCAUGGCCGCCUCCGUCAUCAGGGAGCGCGGCGCCGUGCGGGCCCUGCUGGAGGCGGGGGCGCUGCCGGACACGCGCGACGCCCAGGGCAAGACGGCCCUCAUGAAGGCCGCGAGGGCGGACGCGGUGGGCGUGAUGGAUGUCCUGCUAGCGGGCGGCGCCGACGUAAACGCCUGCAACGCCUCGGGCUGCACGCCGCUCAUGAACGCCUCGUCCCUGGAGGCCGUGAUGCUGCUGCUGCAGCGCGGCGCGCGGCCUGACGCGGCGGCGCAGGACGGCACGACGGCCUUGCACCUGCAGGCGGUGGCGGGGCGGCCCGAGCAGGUGCAGCUGCUGCUGGAGUACGGCGCCAAGCUGGAGGCGCGGGACGGCCAGGGCAACACGGCGCUGCAGGCGGCGGUGCGGUGCCGGAGCCACGCUGCGGCGGGGCUGCUGCUGGGGGCGGGCGCCGCGGCCGACACGGCCAACACCGUAGGUGCCGCGGCGGUGCACGAGUCGGUGCUGGCCUGGGACUACUUCAGCACGCUGGACGUGUUCCCGGCGCUCAACACGCCCGCCCUGCGCUCCGAGCUGGUGCACUACCUGGCCGAGGCGCCCCGGGAGCACAUGCUGGCGGCGCUGCUGGCAGGGGGCGGCGACCCAGGGGUGGCGGGGCAGGGGGGGGUGACGCCCCUCAUGCUGGCCGCCGCGGCGGGGCAGGAGGGCCUGGCGCGGUUGCUGCUGCAGGCCGGGGCGGCCGUGGACGACGGCGACGCCGCGGGCCGCACGGCGCUGGCCUACGCGUGCCGCUUCGGCCACGCGGGGCUGGUGGGGCUGCUGCUGACGCGGGACUGCCCCGCCAACACCCUCGACGCCCACGGCAACCUGCCCGUCUUCUACGCCGCCCGCCCCGCCAACAUGGACAUCCUCCUGGCCCUCAUGCUGCCCCUCGCCUUCUUCAUGUGUACCCGCCCCGCCUCCUGACGCCUAGCCCCCCCACUACAGGCACUGUGACCCGCCCCGCCCCGCCCUGCGCAGAGCCCCGCGCCGCUGAGACACUCACCCCCCGCCCCCCGCUGUCAGGGAGGCGGCGAGGCCACGCAGGGGCCGCGUGUGAUAGACAACAGGCUGGACUGUGAUGUACUGACAGUGAUGAUGAUGAUGACGAUGAUGAUGAAAGUAUUAACAACAACAACAACAACAACAACAACAACAACAACACAAGACACGUGAUCACCGGGUA